CGUUUGACAUACACAUUUACGGCAGUGUCAUGGCGACGCACGGGGUUAGUUUUGAGAGUUCGAGCAGCAUCGAUGAAAGGAAAGAAAAGAAGCGACAGGCGCGACAAGAGGCAAUAGAAAAGGCAAAGCAGCAGCAUGAGAGGGAAGAGAGGAGAAAGGAGCUAAAGAGGCAGAGAGGGGAGGACACCUGGAUCCUUCCUGAAGUCAACCAGAGGCUGCAGCAGAUCGAGGAAGAGGGAUCCGUCAAGAGCAAAAAGAAGAAAGAGAAAAAAAACAAGAAAAAAAAGGAGAAGAAGAAGAAAGUCAAAAAGGAGAAGAGAGCAGAAGUAGGAGCUGGCUCCAGUGACAGUUCACAGGACUCAGAGGAUGACUGGGUUGAAGCUCAGCCUCAGACUCACUCUGCGAAAGCAUGGAAGGUUCCAGAUCAGCCCAAGGCUCCUGAAGGCGACCUCAGCCCCACACAGAAUGUCCAGAGAGAUGAAUGGAUGACUUUUGAUUUCCUGGCAAUGAAAACUACGUCCACUGCAGAGAGACGGGCGGAGAAGGACCGACAGAAGGAGGAAGAGAGAGCCAAGGCUCAGGCCAUUGAACAGGCUGGUUUGCACAAACUGGAGCUAAACCCAUACUGGAAAGAUGGAGGAACUGGUUUACCUCCAGAGGACCCAGCUCAAACUGCACUGAAGAAAGCAGGCCCUGUGGUGAAUGAUGGUGGCCUGAGCUGGCUGAGGAAGAGCUAUCAGAGGAUGAAGGAGCAAGCAGAGAGGGAGCAGCGCAGCCUCAGUGAUAUAGUAGCUCAGAGAUAUGGGUCGAUGGAGGAAUUUCAGAAGAGGCUUGCUGAUGCGGAGAAGGCUGUGUACGGUCGGAGUAGAGGAGACAGAGAGCAUUCAGGGAGAGAAGGAUGGCGGAAAGGAGAGGAGGAUGCCAGCGAGAGAUGGAGGAGAACAGAGGAUGAUAGGCAAGAUCGGGAUCGGUGGAGAAAAUGUGAACGAGACUUGUCACCACUAGAUAAAGAUAGGUCACGGAGGGGAGAUGAGAGGGAGAGGUACAGGGGAAGAGAGGAGGACAGGAGCCGAGAUGGAGACAGGUGGAGACACAGGGAGAGAAGAUGGGACAGAGGACGAGACGACGGAAAAGACGAUGAAAAAGAAAGGGAUCGUUAUGGAGAUAAAAGAAAAGACUUCAGCACACAAGCAUCAUCAUCAUCAUCAUCAUCAUCUGGAGAGAGUUGGAGUCAGCGUUCCUCCUCUCUUGGCUCAUUAAAAGCCCGUUUCCUCAAACCCUCAGAUGACGACGAGAGCUCUGAAGCGCCUCAGCGGCCUCCUCCACCUCAGGCCUCCAGCGGCUUCCUAAAACCCGGCUCUGAUGACGAGGACCCCUUCCCAAAGAAGAGCAGCACCCAAGCAUGGAAAAAAGGCAGCAAGUCUGCUCAUGAAGCCGACGGGGGAGAAAAUCUUCAGGAGAGCAAGCUUCAGGCAGAGAAGACCGCAAACAUUCCUCACGCAGCUCCAUCAGCAAGGAAUGAGAGUGAAAGUGAGGAGGAGGAGGAAGAGAUUCCACUCCUGUCAGAGGAAGAAAUGAACAAGCUGGGGUCAAAGCUGAUAAAAGCAGAGAUCAUGGGCAAUACGGCUAUGGUUGAGAAACUGAAGUCACAGCUGGAAGCAGCUCAGAAAGCAAAGGAGAUUCAUGCUGCCAGAAAGAAGGAGCAUGAAGCAGCUCAGUCAGCCCAGGUCACUCAUCAAGAUAAGGAAGUUCUGCUGUUCAGAACGGAUGAGAUGGGUCGUGCCUGGCCUGUGAAGGGUCCCUCUGGACCGCAGGAGCCCCAUGGAGGACGGCGGAAGAAGAAACCGGUCGAGACCCACGUUGAUGGGGAGCGUGUUCGCUACUUCCAGGAUGACGACAGCAUUGGACUGCAGGAGAUGGUGAGGAGGGAGAAGAUGAGCUCCGCACAAGAUCAGCAUGCCCUGUAUUCCCGUAUGGCAGCCAAGAUGAUGGGAAAGACGGACGGCGACAACUAUACACUGGAUGACAUGUUUGUGUCGAGUGCAGCACAGCGGGAGGGCGAGGGCAGGGAGGAGGAGAGGAUGAGGAGCAGAGCUGUUGGAGAGAGCAGGAGGCUGGCUGCCUCCAUGGAUAAAUGCCCUCACUGUUUCAGCAGCCAGGAUCUGAAGAAGCAUCUCAUCAUAGCUAUAGGGAGCAAGGCAUACCUGAGCCUGCCUGCAGGAGUGUCACUGACUGAAGGCCACUGUCUCAUCUGUCCUCUUCAACAUCACUCUUCUGCUACUGGAUUAGAUGAGGACGUGUGGUCAGAAAUACAGCUGUUCCGGCGUACGUUGGUGCGAAUGUUUGAGUCCCAGGAGCUUGACUGUGUGUUUAUGGAAACAUACAUGAACCCUCGCAGAAAACAACACAUGGUCCUAGAGUGCAUCCCUCUGCCAAGGGAGCUGGGUGACAUGGCACCCAUUUACUUCAAGAAAGCCAUUCUGGAGUGUGAUGAAGAGUGGGCCAUGAACAAGAGGCUUGUUGACCUCUCUUCAAAAGACAUCCGGAGAGCUGUCCCUCGGGGUUUGCCGUACUUUGCUGUAGAUUUCGGAUUGCAGGGAGGAUUUGCCCAUGUGAUUGAAAAUGAACAGAAGUUUCCUCAUUACUUUGGCAAGGAAGUCGUUGGGGGCAUGAUGGACUUGGAGCCACGGCGCUGGAGAAAGCCCAUUAGAGAGAACUUUGAUGAUCAGAGGAAAAAAGUUCUUCAGUUUGCACAGUGGUGGAAACCGUACGACUGUACAAAGGCUGAGGGCUAACUAAACCACUCCUAAAUAGUUUUACCCAGAUGUUAGGAAUUUACUGCAUAAUUAAAGAUUGUGUCAUUUUUCUUUUAAUAAAAAUACAUCAAAUGGC